GUAUUAGGUGUCAAGAGCAUGGAUAAGAAUUGUAGAAAAAACUGAUACAUAAAUAUUGAAUUUCAAUAAAGUCACAAUCUACUUGAUAAAGAUCGCAGUUUUCUAGUCAAAGUGUUGCAUACAAUAGUGAAGUAAAUGUUGACUUUGGCAUUAUAUAUCUCAUUUAUCAACAAGAUUUACAAUCGGAACUAUGUUAGACAGAUUAAGGACUAUUCACGAUUUUCAGGAUGAGCUGAAGACCGAGACCAGAAAGAAGAACAUCCUUAUAUUGGUGCUCAACUAUCUCAAUGAAGAAGGGUACCUUGAUUCCGGCCAGGCUCUGGCCCGGGAGACGAACAUCGAUGUGUCCAAGUUCGAGGUUUGUGACAACAUUGACCUUGAAACCAUCGUCAUGGAGUAUGAGUCCUACUAUUAUGUCAAGUUUGCCAAAUACCCCAAAAUCUGCAAGAAACUCACACAGAGUGGGUACCCCACAGGAGACAGAAGGAAUAAGAUGACCAGAGCUAACAGCAUGCGACUGUCUGGGUCAAGUAGCGCCCAUUAUCCCAGUGCCUCACAUAGUGGUAGAAUGUCCAGUCAGAAGAACCAGACUCCUUCAUUACCCAGAAUUCCUCAGAAUGGUCGCCCACCAAGUCCACCCCAGACGUCAAACCGUCCGAAAUCGGGAAACCAGAUGAAUGGGCGCCAGCGAACUGUCCAGUCCUCCACCCGACGGCCAAAUGAAACCCUCCCUCAUUCAAAGUCCACUCCAACCAUUAUGAAUGGUGUAGCAAAUGGUGAUUCAUCUAGCCUAGCCCUUCAGGGUCUCACUGUCCAGGGGAAUAGUAACCACACCGAGAACAAGCCCACAGAGAGCCCCGCAGAGAGGCUUCCCCGCGGCAAGCCUGGUCAGAUUAUAGACAUCCGUGCCAUGUUGAAUGAUGCCACAAAACUGCAUGUGGAGGAAGGCUCAAGUGAAUUCACAAAUGUUGGAAAUGACAGAAAUGAGAAGAUUAUGAAGCCUCUAGGUGGAUAUGUUGGUUAUAACGCUGAGUGGAGGGACCUUGCUCAGAACAUUAGUAGGGAUAUAUUUUCACAAAAUCCAAAUGUGAAAUGGGCAGACAUUAUAGGUCUGGAUGAGCCUAAGCGUACGGUCAAAGAAGCAGUGGUGUAUCCUAUUAGGUAUCCCCAGUUAUUUAAAGGCAUUCUAAGUCCAUGGAAGGGCUUGUUGUUAUAUGGUCCACCAGGUACUGGAAAAACUUUACUGGCUAAGGCAAUAGCAACAGAGUGUGGUACAACGUUUUUUAACAUUUCUGCAUCUAGUAUUGUCAGUAAAUGGAGAGGUGACUCAGAAAAACUAGUCAGGGUUCUGUUUGAGAUGGCACGUUUCUAUGCUCCGUCCACCAUCUUCCUGGACGAGCUGGAGGCCAUCAUGAGUCAACGCGGAUCACAGGGAGGAGGGGAACAUGAGGGGAGUCGUCGUAUGAAGACAGAACUAUUGGUACAGAUGGACGGCCUUGCCAAAACAGAUGACCUUGUCUUCCUUCUCGCUGCUUCCAACCUUCCCUGGGAGUUGGACCAUGCAAUGUUACGUCGGCUGGAGAAGCGUAUUCUUGUUGACCUGCCAACAUACGAGGCUCGCAAGGCCAUGUUCAAGCACCACCUGCCCCGCAUCGUCAAUCCCAGUGAGGGGGGCGGCCUCGAACUUAUGUCAGACCUUGACUACGAUCUGUUAGCAUUGAAAACAGAGGGUUACUCUGGGUCCGACAUACAGCUAGUGAGUAAGGAGGCUGCAAUGCGACCUGUCCGCAAAAUAUUUGACGCUCUCGAGAACCAUAGUGAAGGAAAAGAGUUACAUAUAAGACUGGACACAAUAGUAACAUCAGAUGUUUUGAAAGCCAUAGAGCGCACAAAGCCCUCUGGAAGGGCAAUGAAGGAUAAAUAUGUGGCAUGGCAGAAGGAGUACGAGUCUGUGUGAAACCUUGACAGUCCAUCAUGAGUCAGUACGAGACCUCGCCAUUAACAUGAACACUGAUGUGCAUUGUGAGACCUCGCAUGUCGCGUGAACAAUUAUUAUUUACAAGAAGUUCCGUCCAUACAUUGCUGGUCCAACUGUGAUACACAUGUACUAUUGUACAGAUAUUUAUUUAUGUGAUAAGGAGAACUAUAUUAAUUUGAUUAAAACAUUUAUGCAUCAGGCAAGUAGAAGUGCUCAUUAGCAAAAUGACGGUCGAAAAUGUUGUUAAUGGCAACAAGAUGCUGAUGUAGAAUACCAGUAUUUCGUUAUUUUGUGCACUCAUUUAGAUAGUUUUAUAGCAAACUUUGUCGGCAUUUGGCCUGUUUACAUCUAUGCUGCUGAACAGGCAUUUAUAAAUGUUACGAGGACAGUUUUAUGUUAACAUUUCUUUCUGUGAAAUGAAAUUGUGUUCUAUUCAUGACAUUGGUAAAGCCCACUGCCUGUAGUUUUAGGCAGCUUUCUCUCUAAAGGAAUGUUGACAAGAUAUGUGGUCAUUAUACUGUGCAUGAAUAUCAACUUUAUUUAUACUGUUUCAUUAAUAUGACAUGAAUGGGAUCCUGUGAAUGGCUAUCCUGCCUAUGCCUGGUCCAUUGUCAGAGGUUAGCUAUCAGAGGUGGUCAAAGUAAUCCAGUAGAUUAUACUACCAUGUGCUAUUAUUUAUUGUCAAAUUAUACUGGUAAUCCCUUUAUUGGACAAUUGAACGGUUGAAUAACAACCAGCUUGUGUUAAUUGGAUUAUGGUUAUUUUCUUUGGUAUAUACAUAAUGUUUAAAAUAUUAUGUAUAUUGUGAAAUAGUUUUGUUCUGUUACUCACAUUCAAUUAUAUUGAACACGUAGUUUGUAACAAGUAUAAAAUACAGUUGUAUUACCAAUAAUAACUCUGUGCUGAAAAUCAUUUAUUGAGGGAAUAUGUUGUCUUUAUUGGAUUUUUUUUCCUCUUCAAAUUAUAUCUAUAGAAAAUGAAACCCAACAUAAACUGGCCUGUAUUUAAAAAAAAAAAUAUAGUUCAAGGAGGUAGGUGUUUGAUGUAUUUUAGGGUAGGUUAUUAUAAUAAUUAAAUUAUUGUACAUUGAGAUUCUGGUGUAUUUCUUGUUUGUUUAAAUGUUUAUUAUGUCCAAGUUAUUUAUUCAACAUUCCACUGGGGUCAGCAGUGCCCACCCAGAUGUAUUUUAUCAUGCAUGCAAUAUAUUCCUAAUGUUUUACCAAAAAAGUUUUAAAGCAAAUGUAAAUGAUCAUUUUAACAAUAAACUAAAAUCUUUUUAAAGUAUUUAGAGAAGAAUCUAAACCUGGCCCCAAUUUCUCAAAACUUCUUAAGCUUAACAGGCUUUAAAGUAGCUUAUUUGAAUUAGCCAAAAUACUUAAAUUGAAAUUUGAUAAAUGAAAAAGUUUAUUGUGAUUAUCAGACAGAUUGUUCCCACGGUAACAUAUGAACAUUCUUAAAGAAGUAAAAAUAAAGCAAAUUAUUGAAAAACAAAAAUAGUGAGCUUAGCUUAAUCCUGUUGUAAGGGACUUGAGAAGUUUUGAGAAAUUGGGGCCAGUGCUUGUAGGCGAUGGGACCAUCUAAUCAACAAGUGUAUAGUAUCAUAUUCAUGGCUUCAUGGAGACAUAUUUUGAUAAAAUUAAAAGUUUUGCUGGAAAUGCUACACAGUUUUAACUUUCAAAUAUAAUUGUUAUUAAGUUAUUGGCAAUAUUAAAGUAUCCAACUAAAUUUCUUGAUCAUACCAUAUUUUGCCGUGGGCUUUGAUAAGAUGGUCCUUGUAUGUACCGUUUGUUGUUAAGUCUUUCAUGCCUUCAUAUGCAAUGCAGUAAUGUCACCUUGUAUAUUAUCAUGCUUUUAAACACUGUGAUUAGUUUUUAAUGGUAAUGUUACCUGAGUUUUACUUAAAUAUGCACACAAUUAUUUAUGUAGAGGUGUAACAACACUUCAGUCUUUAUAGUAUUACAGUAUUUUUUAUGCAAAUACAUAUUUUACAACUUUUUGGUGUGUCCCUGAAGAUUAUAAUAUUUUCUCCAAGAUAACAAUAUUUGAUUCACUAUUAUUUCCUGACUGAAGAGUUUUUUUAAGCCUUCUUGCGAGUUUUCUCUGCACAGUCACCUAGGUAAUGUUAGUGCCACUGCUGAUCUUGUUCUUGAAGUUGUGCAGCGUUUUUGUGUAUGCAAAUUUUACCAAACUGUUGAAUAUAUCUUUUUGUUACUUGUGUUUUACAUGCAGGUAUUGGUGACGAUAUUUGUUUCUUUUUUGUGAAAAACAAUAAAAAAUCUUUG